CCGGCGGCGGCACCGGGCGCUGCCCGCGAUGGUUGAAGAGGAGUUCAAGACUGCCUUUAUGAAUGCAGUGGCAGAUGAUCUCCCUCUGCAUUAGGAGAAAGCCCACCAGCAGCAGCCCCUGGAGCUGGAGACGUUUGUGCAAGGGACCUCAAGGGUGAAGUAGUCUUGCUGGCAGCUGCCUCAUCAGGAUGAACGGGACAGCCAACGUCAACCCCGCUGGCCGCAGCCACUACGCCUCUGCCAUCCCGGUGCCCCGUGCUGUGGCCCACAGCAAGCUGCAUGCCGUGGCCCCCCCGAGCACCCUGGGGCCCCCUGCCCCCCAUGGAGCUACAUCCCCCCGGCCAGGGAAAGCUCUGGCCCCCAGCCCCAAGACCCUCAAGCCCAAAGAUGCUGGCAGAGCCACUGGCAACGAGCUGGCCAAGGGCAGGGAGGGCAGCCAUGGCGUCCCCUUCCGUGGGGGGCAGAAAGCCCUGGCAAGACCCCUUGUGUCCCCUGGGAAGUGGCCAGAGGCAGCGGGCAGCAGGAGGAUAGGGGCAGGCAGGGUGGGGGAGCCCAAUGAGCUGCCCAAAGCCCCCCCCACGCGAAGCAGGGGUGGGGUACGACCAGGGGCAUCCCUUGGGAAGGGCAGUGGGGUGGCCACAGCAGGGAUGGGGGAUGAGUCCCAUGGUGGCUUGCAGGGCAGGGGGUCUCUGUUUGGGUCGGGGGCCAUCACCUUCUCCUCAGGUCCCCCACACAGCCAUCCCAUCACUGCCACCGUGGCGCCCUUCCAGUACCGGCUGCAGGAGGACCAGGUGGAGGAGAAGGCCACAUCUCCAGGUGACAAGUGCUCUGGUCCUGAGGAGGGACCUGAACCCGACCCCAAACCCAAAACUGGAGGCCUGAGUGAGUCUGGGGGCGUUUGCUGGGGGCGUCUGGCUGGAGGGCUGCUGGGAUGGUGCUGGGGGGCAGAGGAUCAUGCUGGAGCUCAGACCCCCAUGGCCCCGUGCCAGAAUAGGAGCUCUGGCUGGGGGUCAGUGGGGUGGAGGUGGGGAACCCCCACGCAGGAGGUACCCCAGCUCCCCUGGGAAUGGCAUGGCUACAGCUGCCGCAUCUGCUAA